AUGAUUGAACUGUUGGUGCUGUCAGAUGUUCCGAACGAUCGUGAUAGCGCUGAGAAAACAGAAGACGGUCGAGAGGAGGAGAACGAAGGGAAUGAAGAGGAGAGAAAGCGGAAAGAAAUGUUGCAACGGAUGAGGACAGCCUUCAUAGUAUCGUUAGGCAUUCUUGUGGCAGUUUUGCUUUUCGGUCCAAGCGGAGACCUACCUCCCGGUGUGGUUUCUACGACUUGGAGUGAUUUUACAACGAGGCUUUUACCGACCGGACAGAUUUGGAAAAUUGUCGUUUUUCCGGAACGUGAAGUCGCCUUCGUUUAUAUGUAUUCUGGUGCAAAGACAUCGAACGGUGAAAAUUUGCAACAAAUCUAUCGCAUUCAAAUACCGAGCGUUCGUCGUUUUGAGAGCGAGGUUCGAGCUGCCGAAGCGGCCAUCAACCUUCCACCCGAACACUGGACACAAAUCGAAUACAAACGACUCGAGGGCGUUAAUUCCGUGUUGACAUUACUGUUGAUUGGUGCAAUCGCUGUUGGUGCAUACUUUUUAUUCAAGCGAGUGAAAAUAUCUUUCAAUAUAACCGAUAUGAUGUCGUCAAUGACAAAAACGAAACUGAACAUAAUCGAUCCGCACAGUAAAGGGGGUAAGUUGAAGAUAAAAUUCAAAGAUGUGGCUGGUCUUCAUGAAGCCAAAUUGGAAGUGAGCGAAUUCGUGGACUACCUCAAAAAUCCAACCAAAUAUACAAAACUUGGUGCGAAAUUACCGAAAGGCGCACUCUUGACUGGUCCUCCGGGCUGCGGUAAGACGCUGUUGGCGAAAGCGCUUGCGGCCGAAUCAUCAGCACCG